UCAAAUCGGCUCCUGGUUCCGCCUCAAACUUCACAUUCUCUUCAAAACUUCUGAGAGCAGAGCACGGCGACUUCUCCCUUCCUCUCUCCUGAUCACGGCGUUAUCAUUGAAAAAGAAAAGCACGAGUACUCAACGAUCUCUUCGAAUCUUGAGAUCCAGGCUCGUGUUGCCGUUCUCACUCGCUGUUCAGAUCAGGUUUUGUAUGACAUGACAUUCUGUGGUGUCUUGGAUGACUUGAAAUGCUAAGAUGAGGGUGAUGAGUGGAGAUGCUCUGGAAACUGUUGUGUAGGCAAUCUGGAUUCAUAAAACUUUGGACUGCAUAUCACAUUGAAACUCCACAGCCUUGAAGAUCAUAAGAAAAACCUAGCCCUUUCUUGUUCUUCUAUGAUGGCUCCGGCCUCAAUUUUUCUCAGGGCCUUUCAUUACUCAGGUUGCUAUUAAUCUACAAGCUAAGAGCACAACUGCUGGAAAUAUGUGGGAGAACAUGGGAUUUUGCAACCUGGCAAAUUUGAAGUCAAACCGACUGGUCUGUGCAAAAGGGUUCAGACUGAAUUGUUCAAUUGAUAGGGAGAUGAUCGUGAGCACAUCGGCUUUGGUGGACAGUAUUCCAGAGUGCUCAAGUGAAGAAAAGACCAUUGAGCCUAGUCUUUCGACAGUGUUAAUGAAUUUUGAUAAUGAGUUUGAUCCUUAUGAAGCAAUCAGUACACCAAUUUACCAGACUGCUACUUUUAAGCAGCCUUCUGCAACAGAAAAUGGUCCUUAUGACUAUACUAGAAGUGGAAAUCCUACCCGAGAUGCUUUGGAAAGGUUACUAGCAAAGCUUGACAAAGCAGACAGAGCCUUUUGCUUCACUAGUGGAAUGGCUGCUUUGAGUGCUGUUUGUCAACUUUUUGAAACUGGUGAUGAAAUUGUAGCUGGAGAUGAUAUCUACGGUGGUUCAGAUAGGCUAUUGUCGCAAGUAAUUCCAAAGUCUGGAAUUGUGGUGAAACGAGUAAAUACAAGUGAUCUAGAGGAGGUAGUCUCUGCCAUUGGACCUUGGACUAAGUUGGUGUGGCUGGAGAGUCCUACCAAUCCUCGCCUACAAAUAUCUGAUAUUCGAAAAAUAGCAGAGAUGGCUCAUGCACGUGGUGCUCUUGUAUUGGUGGACAAUAGUAUUAUGUCUCCUGUGUUAUGUCAGCCUUUGGAACUUGGAGCAGAUAUUGUUAUGCAUUCAGCAACCAAAUUUAUUGGUGGACAUAGUUAUAUCAUGGCUGGUGUCGUUGCUGUGAAAGGCAAAAGGUUGGCAAAAGAAAUGUACCUUUUACAAAAUGCAGUGGGUUCAGGCUUAGCUCCAUUUGACUGUUGGCUCUGUUUGCAAGGGAUCAAAACAAUGGACCUGCGACUUGAGAAGCAACAGAGGAGUGCACAAAAGAUCGCUGAAUUUCUUGCCUCCCAUCCCCGAGUAAAGAAAGUAAACUAUGCCGGUCUUCUUGGUCAUCCUGGACGUGACCUGCACUACUCUCAGGCAAAGGGGGCAGGAUCAGUGCUUAGCUUUUUGACAGGCUCUGUGGUACUCUCAAAGCAUGUUGUUGAAUCUACCAAAUACUUCAGCAUAACUGUCAGUUUUGGGAGUGUAAAGUCUCUCAUAAGCAUGCCAUGCUUUAUGUCUCAUGCCAGCAUACCUGCAUCAGUUCGUGAAGCUAGAGGCUUAACUGAAGAUCUUGUGCGUAUUUCUGUGGGGAUUGAGGAUGUUAAUGAUCUUAUUGCUGAUCUGGACAAGGCACUCUCAUCUGGGCCUCUCUAGUUUUAUAAUAACUAAUCCCAACAUUGGUGAGUCCGGUUUCUGUCCACUGUUCCUCCACAGUAGUUUUGAAUUUUAACGGUACAUAAUAAUUUGUAUUUUUUUUUAAACUAUCAAAUUUCAUUAUACGACUUAUCAUUGGAGAGAAACAGUAUUCAACAUUGACAUCUUGAUUGCUUCAAAAAAUAAAUAAAUGAGUAAAUAAUAAAA